CUAGGCUAAUAUGGCUAAUAUUUUGACACAUGUGGCCAGGUAUUUUAUGCAUCAAUUAGCAUAAUGAAGCAGGGUUUGAGAAAUGCUUUCUCUCUUUCCCUCUAACCGGGUCACCAAAUUCAAAACCCUCAGAGAUUAAUUUCAUUUCCUUAUUACAGCAACCUGCAAAUUUUGUUUGUGUAAUUGACUUUAACCGUAAAGGCGUUGUUUCUGACCAUCAAAUUUGGGGCAUCGUUUUGUUAUUAUUAUAAUGGGAUCGGGAGACACAGAUACGACUCAACUGGAUGAGCUUUUCAUGCCCGAAAAGAGUAUGAAAAACCCUCUCGUUCCACUCGGUGCCUUUGCUACAGCAGGUGUUCUUAGUGCAGGCUUAAUCAGUUUCAGGAAUGGUAAUUAUCAGUUGAGUCAAAAGUUGAUGAGAGCUCGUGUUCUUGUGCAAGCUGGCACGGUAGCAUUGAUGGUUGGUACUGCUGUUUAUUAUGGAAAAUUUUAAUGUGUAAAUAGAGGUCCAUCAAGCCCUCAGAAUAGACUAUGUGAUUGAAUUGGUAGAUCGUGAAUUGAAGAUGAAAAGCAAAAUGAAAGUAUUCUUUCUUUGUUCUUCAUAAUAUUAAAAUAAAAUCAGAGGAUACAAUUAACUUGUUUGCCAGGAUUUGUUUUCCCAUUUCACCAAGUUAACGAGUUUAUCUGAAACUGCCAAUUUUUUAUUAUCUUAUGAGAAGAAACUCAAGUCUUGACAAUAUGUCAGGUUCCUUGUGAUCUGAAAUACAUUUUAUGUGCAACUCUGUCAUUCUUUCAUAGUGACCAAUAUUCUUGGUUAAAAUUUUAUUUA